CCCCGUCACUUCCUGCAGGGCUGCGGGUGCCGGAGCGGAUCUUCAGGGUUUGCGCCCGCGGCGGCCGCGUCAGGUUCGGCUCCCCCAUUCCUCUGACCCCCCGGCCCGGCGGCGCCAGCCUUCUCCGCGGCCACUCCGCCUCUUCCCUCCUGCCGUCCCUUCCUCUUCUCCCUUCUUCCUUCCUCCUUCCCCUUCUCGCCGCCGCCGCCGCGACCGCCGCCGCCCAGGACCGCCGGCCGGGGGACGAGCGCCGGGCAACAGCCAGCUGUGCUUUUAUUCCCUCCGUCCCUGUUGGCCGACUUUCCUUUUAAGCCCUUGCCCCACCUCCGUGUCGCAGUAUUGCUUAUGUGGAAGUUUUCUUCUGCUGGGCGAAGAUGUGUGCUUCGGUCUGUUCUGCCUCUGUUCUCUGGCUGUGGGGACGUUUUUAAGGAGCUUUUUAACAACAUAACCUCUCAGACCUGAACCAAAACAGCAUUCUUCCUGGAGCACCUCUUUUUAAGGUAGAACUUUAGACUUCAUAGCACUGAAUUAACCUGCAUUGAAAGCUGUUUACCUGCAGUUAUUCACUUUUGUUGAAAGUGACCAUGUCUCAAGUUCAAGUGCAAGUUCAGAACCCAUCUGCUGCUCUCUCAGGGAGCCAAAUACUGAACAAGAACCAGGCUCUUCUCUCACAGCCUUUGAUGAGUAUUCCUUCUACUACUAGCUCUCUGCCCUCUGAAAAUGCAGGUAGACCUAUUCAAAACUCUGCUUUACCCUCUGCAUCUAUUACAUCCACCAGUGCAGCUGCAGUUCCUUCUAACAUGGCACACCCCAAAGAGAAAACCCCAAUGUGUCUUGUGAAUGAGUUAGCCCGUUUCAACAAGAUUCAGCCUGAGUAUAAGCUUUUGCGUGAGCAAGGUCCAGCUCACUGUAAGGUGUUUACAGUACAGCUAACACUUGGAGAUCAGCACUGGGAAGCUGAAGGAACUAGUAUUAAAAAAGCCCAGCACACAGCUGCUGCCAAAGCUUUGGAAGGAACAAAAUUUCCCAAACCCAUAGCUCGCCCUUUUCGUAGCGAAGGAAGGAAUCCAGACAGCAUAACCCCUACUGUAGAGCUCAAUGCACUGUGCAUGAAACUUGGGAAAAAACCAAUGUAUAAGCCUGUUGACCCCUACUCUCGGAUGCAGUCCACCUAUAACUACAACAUGAGAGGAGGUGCUUAUCCCCCAAGGUACUUUUACCCAUUUCCAGUACCACCCUUACUUUAUCAAGUUGAACUUUCUGUGGGAGGACAGCAAUUUAACGGGAAAGGAAAGACGAGACAGGCUGCGAAACACGAUGCUGCUGCGAAAGCUUUGAGGAUCCUGCAGAAUGAGCCCCCGCCGGAGAGGCUGGAGGUGAAUGGAAGAGAAUCAGAAGAAGAAAAUCUCAAUAAAUCUGAAAUAAGUCAAGUGUUUGAGAUUGCACUUAAACGGAACUUGCCUGUGAAUUUUGAGUCUUUCCCUCUAAAACAGGUCGCCCGGGAGAGUGGCCCACCCCACAUGAAGAGCUUUGUGACCAGGGUGUCGGUUGGGGAGUUUGUGGGGGAAGGUGAAGGGAAGAGCAAGAAGAUUUCAAAGAAAAAUGCUGCUAUAGCUGUUCUUGAGGAGCUGAAGAAGUUACCACCCCUGCCUACAGUUGAGCGGGUGAAGCCCAGAAUCAAAAAGAAAACAAAACCCAUAGUCAGGGUGCAGAGCGGCCCAGAGUAUGGCCAGGUGAUGAACCCAAUUAGCAGACUGGCCCAGAUCCAACAGGCGAAGAAGGAGAAGGAACCGGAGUACAUGCUUCUCACCGAGCGCGGCCUUCCACGCCGCAGGGAGUUUGUGAUGCAGGUGAAGGUGGGAAACCAUACUGCAGAAGGAACGGGCACCAAUAAGAAGGUGGCCAAACGCAAUGCGGCCGAGAACAUGCUGGAGAUCCUUGGCUUUAAAGUCCCGCAGUCUCAGCCCACCAAACCAGCCCUCAAAUCAGAGGAGAAGACACCCAUAAAGAAACCAGGGGAUGGAAGAAAAGUAACCUUUUUUGAACCUGGCUCGGGGGAUGAAAACGGGACUAGCAAUAAAGAGGAUGAAUUUAGGAUGCCUUAUCUUAGUCAUCAGCAGCUGCCUGCUGGAAUUCUUCCCAUGGUGCCCGAGGUUGCUCAGGCCGUAGGAGUCAGUCAAGGACAUCACACCAAAGAUUUCACCAGGGCAGCUCCAAACCCUGCCAAGGCCACGGUAACUGCCAUGAUAGCCCGUGAAUUGUUGUAUGGGGGCACCUCGCCCACGGCCGAGACCAUUUUAAAGAAUAACAUCUCUUCAGGCCACGUCCCCCACGGACCUCUCACAAGACCCUCUGAGCAGCUGGACUAUCUCUCCAGAGUCCAGGGAUUCCAGGUCGAAUACAAAGACUUCCCCAAAAACAACAAGAACGAAUUUGUAUCUCUCAUCAAUUGCUCCUCUCAGCCGCCUCUCAUCAGCCACGGUAUCGGGAAGGAUGUGGAGUCCUGCCAUGACAUGGCUGCACUGAACAUUUUAAAGUUGCUGUCUGAGUUGGACCAACAAAAUACAGAGAUGCCAAGGACAGGAAAUGGACCAAUGUCUGUGUGUGGGAGGUGCUGAACCUCUUCUUCUGGCCAUGAACCAUUAUAAAAACCCCAACAUAUACUGAAAAUACUGAAACUGCUUUGAAAAUUUGGAAUUUCUGAUACCUCCCGUGGGCCGAGAAGACAUGAUGGGUAAAGAACUGGAGACAGCAGUGGUGACGAAAGUGGGAUCCACAGAAGCGACUGUGACUGCUCGCGUGUGCUCUGGUUUGUCCCCACAUGGCAGCAGCUGCUGCGGGGGUGGGUGAGGCCUGCCAAGCAGUCCUGGCUCAAUUAGGAAACCAGCAGGUCCAUGCCCUGGGCACCUCAGUGCUUGGUUUUGGGCUUUUUUGUUUUGUUUUUCUGUGUGAAAGAAGAAACAGAAAACAGAAAGUAUGACACCCCCCCCCCCCAAACUGGCUCACUCAAACACUUUGGGACAAACCCUGGACACCCACCCAUGCUGGAGAGAGGCCUUAGACCAGCCGGCCCUAAAGCUGAAAGCAGCAGAGAAAAAUCCAAUGCUUCCUCGUCAGCGUGAGCUAACCUGUCUAGUGUGCCACGGCCCACCACCUCCCGCGGUCCCCACACCAUCACCACUGCUUUCUCUUCCAAAAGAGAGAUGUAUUCUUAGUUUCAUUAUUUUCUUUUGAUUGAAAUGACACUAUAUACAUUUUCAUUUGAGCGUUUCUCAAUUGUAUCUAGUUACAUAGCAGUUUAGAAACUUUUCUGAGACUGACUUUAUCAAUAAUCUAACCGGCAGAGAUCAUAUCCAUGUGUAUGUGGUUAUACAUUUUUAUUUUCUUGGACUAACCCAGGACCAUUUCAGUGAUGCAAAUUGUGUGCCCUCUGGUUUAGCUGAAACAGUCCUGGACUUCUCAGAAACCUUGAUGAAGUCUCCCCACAGUUGUAUAAAUUGGACGAUUUCAGAAUUUUAAACUUUAAAUGAUCAUUUGGUUCCUUUUCUAUUUCAUUUUUGUUAAUGCAACAGGACUUAAAAAAAUGAACUUUGAUCUUUGUUUUAAAGAUUAUUGAAAAAAUUGUGUGUAUAUGCAUAAGGCUCUUGAGGACGUAGCUUUCCCCACACUACAGGUUGUGAUCUCCAUGGAGUACCUAGAAAACACGGAAGUGCAGAUUGACUCUCCUUGAGUGCUUUAAGCUGGUUACACCUCCAUGUAGGGCUGAAGAGAAUGACCCAUGUUUCUCUCUACACCUGUUGCUUUUGGUGUUUUGCUGCUGUGCACAGAAGUGUGUGCAGUGAGGUCCUGCGUGUGGUCCGGAUGAAAAGCACGGUAGCCUCGCGAGUUAAGUACUGCUUCGAUUCAUUGUUUACGCCGCCAUUUUUUCUCCUUAUGGAAUGUAAGUAAAACUUAGUAUUUGUCACCAAUAAAUGGUAAUACUAAAUUUUUUUUGUUAAUUUAUUCUCAAAUGCCACUACUGCUAGGUUGGGUCCCCACCCAACUUGCCCCCUACCCUUUUUUAAGAAAAAACUUUGUAAUGCUUGAUUCUAUUUGGGCAAAAUUCUGAAGAUCUGAAAUAACUUUAUAUCAAACCAUUGAUCAAUAAACAGCUACUAAUGAA